GAUAAGUCAGGGGUGGAAAUUUCAUAAAUAGUGGACGCCUACAAAUUGUUUUCUUUUUGUAUUGAAAAAAUCAUAAUAAUUUAAAAACGUUAAUUAGAAACUGGGAUUUUGUACAAUUAAACAUGCCGGCCUACCACUCACAAAUCAAAGAAGUGCGCCAGCAGGUUGGUAACUUGGCCAUCCUGCCGUUGAGGACCCAGGUGCGCGGACCAGCGCCCAGUGCAAAUGUUGAGAGCGACAUCAUCGAUGAGUCACUGUACUUCUUCAAAGCGAAUGUCUUCUUUCGGACAUACGAAAUCAAGUCCGAUGUGGAUCGUGUGCUUAUCUAUGUGACACUCUACAUUACCGAGUGCCUGAAGAAGCUCAAUCGGUCAACUAGUAAGGCUCAAGGGCAGCAGGACAUGUACAGCCUGGCCAUCUCUAAGUUUGACAUUCCCGGCGACGCCGGUUUUCCCCUGAACGCCGUCUAUGCCAAGCCGCAAACUGCCCAGGAUGCGGAUCUGAUGCGCCAGUACCUCCUGCAAUUGCGUCAUGAAACCGGAAACCGUGUAUUGGAGAAGGUCUUUAGCACCGAGGACGGCAAGCCUAACAAAUGGUGGACAUGCUUUGCCAAAAAGAAGUUCAUGGAGAAGAGCCUGGCUGGACCGGGACAAUAAAAAUCUUACUCGAAUAUCCAUAUUUUGUUGACCGACUGGUAAAAAUGCUUUGAAAUUGGGAUUUACUCGCAGACGGGAUCCUAUUUUUUAGUGUCACUGCCAAAUUGUCACUAUUAAUUCUUUUACAAUUAUAAAUUAUUUAAAUCCCUAAGAUUUUCUGUUUUAAAUAAAUUAUGUGAAUUGUUUUUACAAAGUCUGUUUAAAGUGGAUUAAACUCCAAGCUACGUAUUUAAAACUUUGUUUUCUAACAACUGGACAGCUUUAAGAAGUUUUUGGCACUACUAAUUCUAAUCAAAAUGGAAAGAUAAAUAAUCAAAAAGUUUCACUGUAAUCACUUGGAAAUUUGAAAGUAUGUAUACUAAAUAUUACUCAGUUUAUUAAAUAAACUUCUUAGUCAGAUUAAA